GACGCCUCGUUAUAGGACUGAUCAAUCGCAACCGCAGUAGAAGUCUCCGGGACAGCAUAUUCCUGCAUCCCUCCUGUAUCGGCGCUUUUUUUGAUCUAAAAUUGCGCACGCGUUCUCGCGAAACAGCCGUGAUCCGUGCUCGCAGGAACGACGUGCGAACAUCGGAGGACCAUUCACGGUAUGCAAUUGGUCGUCGCGGCCAUCGCGCUCGCGGCGGCGUCAGCGUGCCCUCUCCACGAUCUCGCCGACGCGCUCGAGCGGGGCGUGCAGGCCGCCGGGCCGCACGAGUGGCCCUACGCGGCCGCGUGCGCGGCGUACGCGAACACUACUGAGGCUACGUGGUGCGGGCCGGGCGUGCGGAACUCGUCGGGCCUCGCGGCGCUCAACGCGUGGUCAGGAGAUGGCUAUGGCGCGUACCGCGUUGCCGAGGAGUGCGGCGCGCCGCUGCCGCGGUGCUUCGUCGACGUCGACCGCGAGGCGACAGCGAUCAAGCUGACAAAGCUCAUCGAUUGGGGCCAGGAGUACGAAGACGACACCGCGCGGUGGGAUCGUGAAAUUACGGAGAUCUGCCACGAAUACAUCGAUUACUGGCAGCCGCACAUCGGUGCAUACAUCGGGCGCGGAGAAUUUGUCGAAUACGCGUACACGCUAUCGCCGAAAUUUAAUGGCGAGAGUUUUCUCCAUUCGCCGAUACACAUCGUCGACCUUGCAAAAGGCGAGCGCGACUGGGUCAUGACCUACACGUGGCGCACGGCGGCCGGCUUUGCUGGCGAGACGCUCGACGGCAAGCCGGAAGAGACGACUAUCCUCAUCCGACCACCCCUAGUACUACGCCUCCCUAUCAUUACAUGUACAUACGAAAUAACUUGACCUUAAACAAA